GUCAGUGAGAAUGUGGGAACGGAUAAAGGUGGAGGUCCACAGCUUGAGCCCGGGAGUCAGAUUUCAGUGUUUUUGAGGGGGCAGAUUGAGCUGAGGUUGAACUGAGGCUGUCUUUGUUCGGGAGCAGCUCCUGAAGGUGCGGAGCGGAGUGGAGCGGAGCGCGGAGCCUCGGUGCGGGGACACACACAGCGCCUCACGGGCUUCUGCUGCACGAGCACGUGAGCGCGGAGACACGACUCGCGGAGAUAUGCCUUCCCUAAGAGUGCCGCCGGGCUGCUGUUUCUAUCUCGCAGCUUUGUGGCUUUUCCACCCCGCGAGCGCGUUCCAGCUGCAGGACGAAAGGGGUUCCAGUAGUCAGCUGGAUCUGACAGAGCUCAUUGGCGUUCCUCUUCCUCCAUCUGUUUCUUUCAUUACUGGAUUUGAGGGUUUUCCUGCGUACAGCUUUGGUCCAGACGCUAACGUAGGCCGGCUCACACGUUCUUUCAUUCCAGAUCCCUUUUUCCGUGACUUUGCUAUCGUCGUCACUGCCAAACCCACCACUCGCAAUGGAGGAGUCCUGUUCGCCAUCACCGAUGCCCUACAGAAGAUAGUGCACUUGGGAGUAGCAUUGGCACCAGUAGAGGAUGGGUCACAGCAAGUGGUUCUGUACUAUACCGAACAAGGAGCCACACGCACUCACGAGGCUGCUUCCUUUAAGAUGGGGGACCUGACAGGUCGCUGGGCCAGAUUCACUCUGGCUGUGCAAGGGGAUGAGGUGAAGCUCUACAUGGAUUGUGAGGAGCACCACAGGGUUGCUUUCCACAGGAGUCAGAGAAGUCUUUCGUUUGAGCCCAGCUCAGGCAUCUUUGUGGGAAAUGCAGGAGGAACCAGACUGGAGAGGUUUGUGGGAUCAAUCCAGCAGUUGGUGUUGACUCCGGAUCCUCGGGCACCAGAUGAGCAAUGUGAAGAGGACGACCCCUAUGCAUCUGGGUAUGGCAGUGGUGAUAAUGAAUACGAUGACACAGAGACCACAGAUGAAGUAAAGAAAAUACAUGAGGAGAGAGAAUACCCCGUACCUAAUGAAGAUCAGACACUUCCUAUCAGAGCGCCCCCUACUGAAUCAUCUUCUCAAGCACCGUUUGAUGAUGAGGACAUAGAGCAGGAGUCCUCUGGCCAGGACAUUUCUGUCAUAAAGCAGACAGCCGAGAAAGAGACGAGCAGGACAGAGAAAGCCGUAUAUCACAAAGAAAAUGAAUAUCCACUGGUGAUGCCAAUGCAUAAAGGGGAGAAAGGAGACCCUGGACCUCCUGGACCACCUGGUCCUCCAGGACUCCCAGGCACAGUAAGCUCUUUAGGCCCUAAAGGUGACGUCUCAUCUUGGGUAGGAGAGCCAGGGGCUCGGGGCCCUCCAGGACCACCAGGACCUACAGGAGCACCAGGGAAGGAUGGCAUUCCUGGUAGUCGUGGAGAAGAUGGACAACCAGGAGUAACUGGAGCUACAGGGUUCCCAGGUAUCCCUGGUGAUCCAGGAUUAAAAGGAGAAAAGGGUGAUCCUGGAGUUGGUCUACCUGGACCACCUGGGCUUCCAGGACCGCCGGGACGACCAGCGACACCACGAUAUGUGGAUGCCAUUGAAGGUUCAGGAUUCGAAGACUUUGACAGUGACACAGAGAUGAUCAGGGGUCCACCUGGCCCUCCAGGCCCUCCAGGAAAGCCUGGUCCUCCUGGCCCACCUGUAGCUCUCUCUCCUGGUGCAGUGGGACCUCCAGGGCCUCCAGGGAAAGAUGGGAAGGAUGGCGAGAUGGGUAAACCUGGAAUUCCAGGUGCUAAUGGCAAAGAUGGUGAACCAGGGAAAGAGGGCGAGAAAGGGGAUAAGGGUGAAGAUGGAUUGCCUGGGAACACCGGACAAAAGGGUGACUCAGGGGAGCCAGGACUUCCAGGAGUACCAGGUGCAGCAGGACCAGAAGGCCGAAAGGGAGAACCUGGCCCACCAGGCCCUCCAGGACCUCCAGGUCCACCUGUACGCUUUAGUUUUGAGGAUUCUGAAGGUUCAGGAGUGGGUGGAAGCAGUGGAUUUGGGCUGACUGUCCCUAGAGGGCCUCCUGGCCUUCCUGGUUUGCCUGGCCCCCCGGGACCAAAGGGAAAAGAUGGUGUGAACGGCCUUCCAGGUACUUCAGAAAAGGGGGAGCCUGGUGCUGUAGGACCUGAAGGGAAACCUGGACUUCCUGGACUUCCUGGAAAAAAUGGAGAGAAAGGAGAGAAAGGUGAAAGUGGUGAGAAGGGAGAAAGAGGUCUAGAUGGAGUCAGUCUUCCUGGUCCUCCAGGGCCACCCGGGCCACCAGGACCUAUUAUCAACCUUCAGGACUUAUUGCUGAACGAUACUGAGGGCGUUUACAAUGUCACAGGUCUUUUUGAACCUCAAGGUCCUCUGGGCCAAAGAGGUCCAAAGGGUGACCGCGGCAUUCCAGGAGUCCAGGGCCCCCCAGGGUUAAAGGGUGAGAAAGGAGAACCAGGGAUCACUAUUGGUGCAGAUGGAUCACCUUUGUCUGUAGUGACUGGACCUCAGGGACCAAGAGGACUCAAGGGUGACAGUGGUGUUCCAGGACCGCCUGGAGUCAUGGGUCCAGUCGGACCAGUUGGACCCAAAGGGGAAUUUGGAUUUCCUGGCCGUCCGGGACGUCCUGGAAUGAAUGGACGCAAAGGAGAAAAGGGAGACUCGGUCGGAUUACUGGGCCCACCUGGUCCCCCCGGCCCACCUGGACGUCCCGGAAUAUUCAACUGUCCCAAGGGAACAGUGUUCUCGAUUCCUCCCCGGCCCAACUGUAAAAAAUCUAUCAACGGCAAUUCCACUGCAGAGGGAGCCAGCUGUUCAACAUCUGGAGUCAAAGGGGAAAAGGGCGAAAGGGGCCUUCCUGGCCCUCCAGGUCCAUCAAGUACUAUGCUGGGUGCAGGCACAGUGGGUGAGAAGGGCGAUUAUGGGUUCCGGGGUGAGAAGGGAGAGAAAGGCGAGGCUGGAAUGCCAGGGCCACCAGGGAUGCCUGGAGCAUCUGGGGUUGUGGGACCUAAAGGAGAAUCAAUCGUUGGGCCUCCGGGUCGUGCAGGAAUUCAGGGUCCACCCGGUUCUCCUGGUAUCGGAAGACCUGGUGCCACUGGCCUCCGAGGCCCUCCUGGACCUCCUGGCCCUCCUGGCUAUAGCUCUGCUGCUGCUAUCCCCGGCUCACCUGGGCCUCGAGGUCCUCCAGGUCCACCAGGACCAGCUGCUAGUGGCUCUGGCCCACUAAAGAAAUACACAAGUCUUCAUGCCAUGAAGCUUGAGUCACAUGUGGUUGAAGAGGGAACAUUGUGCAUGGUGACUGAUACGAGUAAACUCUACCUCAAGGUCAAAGGGGGUUGGAGAGAAAUUCAACUAGGAGGAUUGAUUGAGGUGAAUUCUCAUACUGUCCUCUCACAAGAUGAUGCUCGCCCUCUAAUAAUGACUCCUCAACUCAGCAAUACAAAAAUUCACAGUGGAAGUGCGCUCAGGCUGGUUGCCUUGAACACGCCGCUGGCUGGGAACCUGGGCUCCAUCCACACAGUGAAUAAACAGUGUAGAGUACAAGCUCAGGCCAUGGGCAUCCGAGACGAGUACAGGGCUUUCCUUUCUCACCACCUACAGGACCUGAUUGACAUUGUGCAGCCGCCCUACCGCACCAGCUUACCCAUCGUUAACCUCAGGGGUGAAAUUCUGUUUAAAAACUGGGAAACCAUCUUCUCCAAUCACAUUCUCCCCGCUGGGGUCCCCCUCUAUUCUUUUGAUGGACGAGAUGUGAUGAGUGAUCCUUUCUGGCCACAGAAGGCCAUAUGGCAUGGGUCCUCAGAGAGGGGAAGGCGCCUGGAUGAUAAGAACUGCGAGUCCUGGAGAGCUGGUGACAUGGCCAUUACAGGCCAGGCUUCUUUCCUCUACAGUGGCCUGCUGAAUCAGCAAACCCGUAGCUGUUCCAACCAGUUUGUCGUUUUGUGCAUCGAGACCAACCCAGACCACAACACCAUCGAAGAACUUAAACGGGCACAAUAUCCGCACAGACGCUGGCAUUACAGAUACUAAUGUCUACAUCAUAAAACCUCUGCCAUCAACACAUCAACAUUCCAGAGGUGUUAUAUCUAUAGGUUGAUGAAAGGCCAUGUCAUUAAGAAGCUAAAGAACCAUCAGUGAGAGCCAUUCUCAGGUUUUGAGCACAUGGACAUUUUGUAAAAAAAAAUAUUUAAAAAAGCCAUUUCUCUCACAAUGUAAAGCUGCAUGAUCACGAUGUUUAAGCAGAGGGACACAUCAGGCCUUCCGGUCCCUACAAGUCAUUUUUGAUGCACUGUAUUUUCAUUUUUCAGUUUUUGGAAAUUCAUAGAUGUCUUUUUUUUUUACUUCACAUCAGCUUUUUAUUUUGAGUAGCAAAAGAUGUGUCAGUAUUUAAUUUAAUUCCAGUGUUUUAUUUAUACCUGACUGCACAUAAUCUAAAUAUGUCAAAAGAUUGAGGAUAAAUAUGUAAUUUAUAGUUUCAGUUGUUCAGCUGAAAUCUACUCCUGUUUCUUGCCGCAUUUAUGAAAGAUACAUUUCUACAAUAUCUCUGUUGAUAAAAUUAGAUCCAUAUUUGUAGUUUCUGGAAAUGUGACUGCAGAUACAUUUUUUUCCAGAGAGUGAUCAAGUCAUUUUUUUCUUUUGUUUCAGUUUUUAGGCCAACAAUUUGAACAAUGGUGGUAAGAAGUAGGAAGUAUUCUUCAUUUUCACAGGUGCUUAAUGAAUAAAAUCUCUUUUCCAAA